CGCAGAGAGGCGGCGGCGGCUGGCAGGGACUCAGUCGGGCCGGGAGCUGAGGCCCCGCCGGAGCGGCGGGCGGGAGGCGGCCGGGGCAGGUGCGGGAGCCGCCGGCAGCCGCAGCGCCCGCGGGCUGGGGGGCUGGGCUCGGCGCCCCGGCAGCGGGGCCCCCGGGCCCUAUGGUGCCGCGGCGGGACCCGCCUGCCGCUCGCCGCCUUCCGCAGGGGCCCGCGGAGCGGCGCGGGGCAGCGGAGCCUGCCGGCCCCGGCUCUCGGCUGGCAUGAGGAACCUGCCGAUCCUUCUCCUCUCCCUCUGCUGCAGCCUGGGGCGGGUGAACGGUGUCCAUCCAGAAUGCAGAUUUCAGCUGGAGAUUCACAAGGAGGAAACAAGGUGCAUGGAACUUCUAAAGAAUGCGGAGCCAGUGGACUACAAAGGAUGUGCUGGAGUUUGGGAUAACAUCACCUGUUGGCGUCCUGCGAAGAUAGGAGAGACUGUCACUGUCCCUUGUCCAAAAGUAUUUAGUCUUUUUUCUGGCAAACCAGGAAAUAUUAGUAAAAAUUGUACGAGUAAUGGAUGGUCAGAUAUUUUCCCUGACAUCUUAAGUACUUGUGGAUAUAAUGACUAUGAGGAUGAUUAUAAGGUCAACUUCUACGUAAGGGUGAAGGCAAUUUAUACCCUUGGACACAGCGUGUCUCUGAUUGCUCUUACAACAGGAAGUAUAAUUCUUUGCCUUUUCAGAAAACUGCAUUGUACUCGGAAUUACAUCCACCUGAACCUGUUCCUCUCUUUCAUUCUAAGAGCAAUCUCUGUUCUAGUCAAGGAUGAUAUUCUCUAUUCAAGCUCCAACACAGCUCAUUGUCCAGAGGAUCAAACCUCAUGGGUGGGCUGCAAGGCUAUUUUGGUCUUUUUUCAGUAUGGUGUUAUGGCAAACUUUUACUGGCUCUUAGUUGAAGGACUUUACCUCCACAUCCUGCUUGUGCUAAUAUUCUCCCCCAACAGACACUUCACAAUCUACCUGCUGAUUGGAUGGGGAAUUCCUACUAUAUUCAUUAUUACAUGGACAGUGACACGGAUCAUUUUAGAGGACACUGGUUGCUGGGAUACAAAUGAGCAUGGUGGUCCCUGGUGGGUUAUACGAAUACCAAUUUUAAUUUCUAUUAUAGUGAAUUUUAUACUUUUUAUUAGUAUUAUAAGAAUCUUACUGCAGAAGUUAAGAUCUCCAGAUGUUGGAGGAAAUGACCAGUCACAAUACAAGAGACUAGCAAAAUCCACAUUGUUGCUUAUUCCAUUAUUUGGAGUCCACUACACAGUGUUUGCUCUGUUUCCUGACCGCAGUUCCAAUAACUAUAAAAUCAUCUUUGAGUUGUGUUUGGGAUCUUUUCAGGGGCUGAUUGUUGCAGUCCUGUAUUGUUUUUUGAACAGUGAAGUGCAAGGGGAGCUGAAAAGAAAGUGGAGGAGUCUGUGUUGGAAGCAGACAGCAGGCAGGGAUUACAGACUCCACAGCUCUUCGAUUUCUCGAAACGGAUCAGAAAGUGUUUCUCAGCUCCACCGAAAUUCAAGGGCUCAGUCGUUUAUGCAGACAGAGACCACCAUGAUAUAAAUCAUCUAAGUCCCCCAAAAGAUGAAAAACUGUGGGAUAUAUCAUUCAUUAUGCAGCUUAAUGUGAUAUUUUAUAAAAUGUACAGUUUAGUGCUUUGCUUUUCUACAUGUUGGUAUUUUGGAAAUUGGUUUGUGCAGCCAACCAGGUAAUAACAGAGACACCUGUCCCAUGGAUGCUUUAUUUUUUUUUUUUUUUUAGUGGUAUUCAUACUAAUUCUGAUGUUUCCUUGCUGCUUACUAGCUGUAACUAUUAAAAAAUUCAUUUACUCUAAUGGUACCUUUACCCUUCAACAUGUCUUCAAGAUAGAUGUGUAGUAUCCUGCUCAAUGCAGACCUCUGUGGUACAUGUUGAAAAGGUUAAGAUGGGAAGCAAGAUGAUGUCUUAUACUUUAUUUAUACUUAAGGAAACAUUUAUUUCCUCAAGGAUUAGAAAAUUCAUUCCUAAUGAAUGUUUAUGGAAAACAACACAAAAAUAGAGAAAUGUAAGACUAUAAUUAACUGCACCAGGAAUUCAGUGUGCUAAUCCAGGAAAACAUUAACAUUAUUUGUACAGAGGGACAAAAUGUAGAACUUCUUGACUAGCAGAGUAAAUUUCAGAGAUUACUUUCUACAGAGUUUGAUUCCAAUCCUGUUAUUCUUUCAAAAGUGCCUGGUUUUAUGUUUAGGUGCAGAAAGUGGGGCUACCUUUGCAGUACAUACAGAAAAGGCUACUGUGAAUAGCUUAGAUUAAAACAUGAGCAUUUUCCAAUAGUGCUAUUGCAAUGACCAGUUGUUCUCUUCUGUUUAAAUCAGAGAGAUUUCUGUUGAUCUUUUAUUAAACAAUUUUCUGAAGAGGUGCUUUAUUGCUAGAGGAAUCUGGCAUAGAAUUAACAGCUUUGGAUAGCAUAUUACCCAUUCAAAAUAUAUAUUUUUAUAUAGUUUAAUUUAAAUAAGCCUCUAGAACUACAGUACUUGGCAGCUAAAACAAGUAAUAUUGCAAUAAAUUUAAAACUGCCAUUUAAAGAAUAAGGUGAAUUAUUUUAGCUUAAUUCUAUGCUAUGUCUUAUCUGAACUAAUUGUAGUUUAGUUCUGAACAUGACUCCAGAAAAAAAAAUUAAACAGAAUCCCUAAAAAAUACCUUAAGUGGCAUAAACAGAAAGAAUUCUCAACAACACCAAGCUUCCUAUGUAGACACUCCAUAAAGAAAUAACACAGAACUGACAGAUUCUUAUACACAUGCACAGAACAUUCUUUCUUUAAAAGAAAUCCAGUGAUGUUUACUUCUCAUGUCACGUUCAACCAUGUCCACUCGAAAUAGCAAGUGGGAAUAAUAAAUAUUUGCAUGAGUACCACUGAUCCAUAAAAGAAAUUGCCCUGAUAUUUCAGAAAACAGAUUGGAUGGAGCUAGCAGAAUCCAAGGUCCAUAAUAUUUCCAGGGAAAGGGAAGAACAGCAUCUAGGGCGUGUCUUGACAGACAUACAUAAAAAUUCUUGAAAAUAUUAACAGAACUGGGAAUAUUGUUGGCAGCCAUCAAAGGGUCCAUACCCUUUCAGUCUGAUUUAAUGUAGCUAUUUAUCAGUCAAACACAAUUUAUUUUAACAGGACUACCCUGGAGUGACACAAAGUUGUGUCAAAGACAGAAAAUGCCCCAUGGUUCACAUGGGUACUGCAAAACAGGUAACUGUGAAUGUUACAUGACACCAACCUUUACACAAGAGGUAUCACUUGGUGAAGUUAACUAUGAGAAUCUGAAGUGAGGUAGGCUGGCUGCCCGCUGAUAGUCCCAUGGGGUCUAAAGAUGUGCCCCAUCACCCGUAUUUAAACUAUAUAUUCCCAAAGGCUUUAGACACAUAAACCGAUGUUAAAGUGUAUCUCUGAACAGUCCUAUCAACAGACUCUUAACUGCAAAUGUAUGCAGACACAUUGGAGCUUUGGGAGCAGCUCCUCUACCGAAAUUAAAUAUGCCUGUGUGCUUGUGGCUUCUUUGUCUGAAGUGGCUUCAGGACUGCGUAGCUCUCUGAGAUUUGACAUGUGGAAUGUACUUUUUCCCCAGAAUUUCUAGGGUAGAAAGGCACACUGACAAGCAUUCAAACAUUCUCAUCUUUCUUUUCAAAGGAGGCUUUUUGAGCUGGUGCAGGGAUAGAAUGAUGGUAUAGAAAUAGAGAUUUCAAGCAGUCAGUUCCAUCCGGCUGUUCUGCCUGCUGCAUCUCCAAUUGUAUGUGUUUGCAACUCAUUGUAUUCUAGAGAAAACUGUAUUUGUUCCAUUAGGUGAGGAUGGAGAAAGUCUGCCUUUUAAUGAUGAUACUUACUUUCUGGAUUACAAAACAGUAAAGCUUAAAUAAGAAAAUACAUUUUAAAUUGCAGCCAAACAACAUGGUUUCCUUUAACAGGAUGCAGAUGUGUUUGGAUUUGAUUCUACUUUUAAUGUAUGGAGUAAUGCCAUAUGAGACAAUGAAGUUGCACCACUGGGAGAACAUAGAUCACUGAGUUUGUAAAGGACUAUGUGGCCAUGCAAAGAAUGACACAUGAGAGAGAGGUGCUGCAUAUAGUUUUCUUUGAAACCAGUGAAAAGUUCAGCACUAUGUGGAACCUUAUCCCUCUAUUAAAAAUCAUGGAAUCUAAAGAAAACAUUUUAUCUGUAAGACAGUUUAACUUCAUAAUGCUUUGUGCAAGUAUUUUCAUGUCAGUAAAGUCCCACAGGGUGCUGUGCUCACUUGUUUUCACUCCCAGAAAAUUCUAAUUUCUCAAUAAUUUUAUGCAAUGUUACAGCAUCAAAUGUUUGACACUCAUCUGCCUUUUCACACAGGGAUGCAUGUCAUAUUAAAAUGGAUGUAAAAGCUGCAAAAAAUCUGCACCAUUCUCUUACAUCCACUUCAUGUCCUGAUGGACCCCAGACAUACUUCCCUCUGCUUUUCAGAUGGUGAUGAGGAAAUUGACAGGCACAGACUCAGCAAACCAGAGUCUAUCUGGGGCAGCAUUAUGAAAUAAGGCAUUGCCAAAUGCAGUCUCUCCAUACAGAAUGUCUAAGAUGAGUCAUAUGCAUUAUUUGUCUCCUGUUGUGAGUUCUAUGGGUUCUAAAAAACAGCUGUUGACUUUGAAUUUAUCCAUUUCAGCAAAGAGAUUGUGAAUAAAGUCCAGGUUUGCUUUAUACAGAAUUUUUUCAGACAUCUCUAAUGAAAAAUCAAGCAUUAAGUAUGUCUGAUAAAAAAGAACUGGCAAGUAAUCUGCAGAGGAAGCUGCUACCUAUAUAAGGGUUAUUGUCCAAGCAAUUCCUGUCUGUGCAUAAGAAUGCAGGUUACUAACAAAAGUACCUUCACCUUGCCAUGAGUGCCUCUAUAAGCUGUGGGCUGUCAGUGCUAGUCUGACAUAACCAAAUAGCAGAAGUUAUUAUGCAGUGGUAUUCUGCUGAUGAAAAACAAUAUUAAAACAAUGUGUUCUAGCAUAUAUGCUACGGGUGUACAACAGGGUAGCAUUCUGUGGCACAGUUUAACCACUCUGUGUUGGGCCUGGUUCUGUCCAGUGGUAACAGCAUGUAGUUAAAUCUAAGUCAGUGACAUUUCCAUUGUCAGCUAAACCAGUGGCUGGAAUGUCCCCAAAUCUUUUAUUUCCCAAAGCACUGUAAUAAAUGCAUAAUAACCUGCAGCUUUUUUUUUUUUUUUUUGCCUUUUUUUUUUUUCCUGGCACAUGAGUAUUUUUUUGAAAUUAUCUUCUGUUGUCUUUAUCAAUAACUUUUUAUCUGUCAAGUAUGGUAAAAAUUAAAGAUGAUGUAAAUGAAUGUCAUUAUUUUUUACAAAAUGUACAGAGUACGAUGUUGUAUAGAUUAAUGUGUGUAAAUAGAUUUCCCUUUCAUACUGAAAUUCCCUAUCUGUUCUGGUUCCACUCAUUUGUUCUUUUCUGUUUUCAGUUUUUAUUGUCACAUACCUAAAAGCCUUCUCUGAGAUGUGUUAUAUAUAAAGCUGUGAACAAAUAAGUGUUUACAUCUUUAUGCUAUUAGAGAUAACAGUAGUUAAUAACACCAUAAUGGACUGAAGAGGAAUCAAAGAAUAAAAUUUUAAAGGUUUUGCACAGAA